GUAUUAGGUUAUUUAUGUGCACUCGAGACAUUGUUAUUGGCUUUGCUGAGCCGCUGUGAUGGUUUAGGUGGUCUACACUAUCGCCAAGUCAAAGACGAUACGACCAGUCCGCCCAAUACACUACCACUGCGUCAAAGAAUUCCACCUCCUCCUACAGUAGUUUACUCGCCAUCUCCAUCUCCUUCGUUUUGUUUACGAUCGAUUAAUCCAAAAUCAUAAUUACAAGUACAUAUUACGGUAUACAAGUAUAAAACAAAUAUUUUACCCAGAAGUUGGAAUUAGAAACUACUAUUCUUACUGAGUUUUAAUGUAUUCAUUUUUAUUAUAAUUUUUGGUUUUAUGUGUGGAAUUUUGACCAAUUUUAAUUAUCAUUAAGUUAUAAGAUACUCUCCAGAAUUCUUCCUAUAUUUUUAUAUUGACACAUUAUCUUCUGAUAAAUUUUAUUUUAAAUAUUAUUAUAAUGAUGUAUACAUUAUUUAAUUGCAAAUGGAUCAUGUAGCAGUGUUACUAUAUACAUCUAACAUUAUAUAUAUAAAUCAAUUUUUCCUCUGUGUAGAUUACUAUGGGGGAAACAAAUAUUGAAUUGCACUAUUUGAUUCUUAAAUUCUGAGCCCUGGUUUUAGAUUAAAUUAAAAUGAUAGAAUAGAAAUAAAUUCAUAGCCCAACUAAUCACAUUAAAAAUGUUCAAGAAAAAAAAAAAACUUAGAUUAGGAUUUUUAAUCAGUAUUCUUUAUUUUACCAAGUAGUCGAUUGAUUUAUAAAUGUGUGUAUUUUAAUUUUCUAUUAAUUUAUACUCCUUGUAUUAAAUUUGUUUGAUAUAUUUUUUCAUAUUACCAUUCAGUUAAAAAUGGAUAAUUUUAUGCUUUUAACAGCUGUAUUGCUUAAUAUAUUUUUGAUUAUAUUUCUUAAUUUAAAAUUUUUUAAAAAAAAUUCAAACCCGUUACUUUAAUUUAUAAGAUCUGUAACCAAAAUGCAUACUUAUGGCACUCAAGUUAUUAAAUUAUUAUAUUAUUAUAAUUUUAGUUAUUUUAUAGCAAAAAUAAUUUUUAAUAACAAAUUAUAAGCAAUCAUUAUUCUUUCCUAACAGGUUGAAAGGCAUCAAAAAGCUUGUACAUUAAAAAAUUAAUAUUAGUCGAGUUGUUUUUAAUCAAGUCGUUAAUAUUUAUCAAUUAACAUAGCAACAAUCAUUGACCAUUGUACAGUUAUCGUAGAAACAUAAUAUAUUUAAACAAAAUCCAAUGUAUUCUCGUUGUUAUUUUUCUAGAAACUAAAGUUCCCGAAAUUUGAAUUCAUAUCAUAUAUAGCCAAUAAUUGUGGUCUGGAAUAUUCUAAUCAAAACAAAUAUUAUGUACACAUACAUAAAUUAUUAUAAGUAAAAUUACAUGUUCUAUUUUUAUUAUCACUCUAUUGUAUAGCCAUUAAAGACGCGAAUAUUUCGUUGGUUUUUGAAUAUUUUAAUUAAUGUUUAAUACUACUUAUAGUGUGGUUCAAUGAUAUAUUAUAUCAUAGGAAUAAAUGUAGUCGGUGCUUAACAGUUUUAUAUUAUCGGUCCACCUUCAUCUUUAUCACCUUUCACAUUUUUGCUCAACGACUUGUUGUGAUUGACAAUGUAGCAAGAGCAUUGAUUGUGUUUGUUGUACGGAAAUAUAAUUCUGUAUUACUAUUAUCGUUACUCCAUAAUAUUAUGUUUUAAAGUACAAAAUUAUGAUUACACAUUAGUUUGUCAGCAAUAUUAUAAUAGACUAAUUUACCAGUGCAUCUGACUGCCAAUAAACAUUUAAAAAUAUAAUUAUUGGAGCAUUGUAUGUGUUACAUGUUGGGCAUAUUAUGCAAGACACCUUGUGAAAUGUAUUUGUAAUGUACAACUGUACAAACUUUAUUGAAAAUCGAUCAAUCUGUUUUUAUCAUUACUGCAACUCUCAAACAUUGUUUUUUUUUUCUUAAACGAGUAAGCUUUUUUUUCUGAAAAAUAUAUUUUGAAAUAUUUUUUUUUUUUUUUGGUGCACAUAAUUUUCAUCGUCCUUUAAGUUAAUCUUGUAACAAUAUUAUUUUUUUAUGUUGGUUUAGAUACUAUAUUAAUUAAUGUGCAAUCUAAUUGUUUGCCACAAAUAAGAGUGAGUGAUAGUUGGUUGUGAAGGAAAUGUUUAAUGUUUCUAAGGGUUAUUUACAAUAAUUAUUGAUCUAAAAUAAUUAUGUUUGAUGUAUUUAAUAAAUUAAACUAUGUAAUAUUAUUUAUCAGUUUGGAAUAAAAUAUUUUUUAAGUGUAUUGUUUACAACCAACUUGAAUUAAAAAUUUAAUGACGGAUUAUUACUAGUGUUAAAACUAUUAAUUUUAAAUUGCAUGACUGCUACAACUCUAUUUUCACUGUCGUCUUAUAAUUGUGAGCACAUUAUUUUAUAUUUUGCAACAUUUUUGGACAUUAGUCAUUUUCUAUGCUGAAACAUGUUUUUGAUUUAUUUUUCUUACUACUUGAAAAAACAAAAAUAAUUUUUCGCUACUCCUUUAAACUUAUUUUGAGUAGUACAAUAAUAUACACACAAACCAAUUAAAUAAAAAAGUUUAUUGAGUAUACAAAAAAAAACAUCACAGAUUGUAAUACAAUUAUUCCAGAUUGGUUUCGUAAUUUUUACACUUAAUUAAAUAUAUUUAAAUGUUUAUAUACAUGUAUGUAUUAUGUGUACAAUAGCUUUAUUAUAAGCUUAAAUUUAUUAAAUAAAAACGCGCUAUUAUUUAAUAUUGACUUUGUUGUUUCUAUUUGCUUUAAACCUACUCACAGGUCGUGCAUUUUCUUCCUCUCCUUCAUCCGUAUUUUCAUUUUUCAGGUGUGUUUCGGUAACUCUUUCAACAAUGUCUUCGAUAAUAUUGUCAGUAGUUUCAGUUACUAGUAUCUGAAAUGGAUUAAAUAUGCACUGUCAUUAAUAUAACUAUGAUAAAAAACAAACAAAGACUAAAGUAGUUUAAACAGUUAGAUUAGGGUUGAAAUCUGUAAACUAAAGUUUAAUUGAAUAUUGUACAUAAGGCAAGGAAUAAAAUACCUAAAAAAAAACAUACAUAUAUUUUUCUUCUUAUAAUUCAAAAUAAUGCACCUAAUUACUUUAAAAUAUAAAAUUAUCAAUAAAUGCGAAAAAAAUUUCUUUUACUAAUUCAAAAAUACAUGUAAUGAACUUGUUACUAAAAGAACAUCGCACAAUAAGCUUUAGAAAGCACAGUAAUUCCAUAGUGGAUUUAAAUCAAAACCCUAAUUAUAAAGAAGAUAUUAUUAAUAUAUAAAUAUUAUAAAGAUUUAGAAAAUAAAAUAAUAUAAAAAAUUAAUUUAACAAUUUUUAAAGUUAAAUAAAAAGGUUAUAACACGAUUUUAUACAUACUUGGGGAUGUCUUCUUUCUGAUAAAGUUCCUUCUCUUCGAUGUAUGAAAUGCUCUUCGGGUCUUGAUUCAAAUUCUUUUACUUCGACAUUUUUAUUAAAUGAUACUCUUUUUUUUAUUAGUUUACUAGUGUUUUCAGGCACAUCAUUAGUGAAAACUAUUUCUAUUUUACUGUCUUCUUCAUCAUCAUCUUCAUCAUCGUCAUCAUCUUCAAUAUCUUCAUCAUCAGAACUUUCACUUUCGGAAUAAUCAUCACUAUCAUCAGGUAUUUUGGCUAAAAGGGCUUCCCUAUACAUUUUUAAAAUUAGAUGAACAAGAACAUCCAAAAAAAUAUAUUAAAAAAAACCCUUAAUACCAUCCAUCAUCAGCUGCUUUUUGUAACGUGAUAAGAUCAUUAUUUUCUUCCUGAUCAUUACAUUCUUUGACUUUUUUAUUUUCGUUAGAUAAUUUUUGUUUAUAUUCUUUAACAUUUUGCCUGUGUUUAUCUGCAAAAAUAGUAAAAAAAAUUAUAAAAAUGCAUCAUUUAUAAAUCUCAUAUAGUAACACAUACCUCGCCAAGCAUUCAUUUCUUCUUCGUCGUAUGGUUCCGUUAUUUCUAUUAAAUCUUCUGGAACUUUACUAAUUUCGUGUCUUUCAUACAAAUUUUCUUCUAAUAGCUGUUUUUCUUUUGAUAGAUUAAAAAUCAUACCGUCACACCCUAAUACAAAUUAUUCACUUAAAAUAUGAUAUUAAAUGAUAUUUUUCAAUUCUAUAAAAUUGCAUACUAUUGAUAUGUCUUUUGCAUACAGCUUUGGCCUCAUAAGCUGUUUGUUUAGUAAAGUAUUCGCCAUGCCUAAUAAAUAUUUCAUUAGUAUUACACAAUUGUGCGCGUAGGAACACUUUUGAUCCAAGCGGCAUCAAUAUUGAAGCAGACAAUACUUUAGGAAACUCUUCUAGAGAUAUAUGCAAAUCUUCAAAUUCUUUUUUGUAUUGUUUCCAUUUUUGUUCUAAUGUUCUGUUACAUUCCAAAGCCUAAAUAAACAAAAAAUAAUGUUUAUAAAUUUAAUACUGAGUACAAAUUAAAUUUUUAUUUUAAAUAUUUUAUAGCAAAACAAUACAUAUAAAUAUUAAUUUUCAAUUAUUAAAUAAAUAUAGGGUAAUAAGAAAACUUUUUUUUUUAUUACUAAACCAACAAUUAUGCAUUAAUUUAACUCAAGUUUUAAUGUCCAACGAUAUUCAAUUAUAAUUGUAUAAUUAAUUUAAUGAUUCAUUUUGUUGCUUUUUUGUACAUAAAUUUAUAAAAUAUCAUUGGAAUACAAUUUUCAAAUUAAUUAAGUCAUGUUACUACGUGGUACUUACAAUAAAAAGUAUUGAUAUGUAGUUUUUUUAAAUUUAUAUUAAAAUUUGUAUUUAAUUAAAUUUUAUAAUUUCCAUAAACAAUUGUCCAAUGUCCAAGAUAUUAUUCUAUCUUUAUUUACUUGUACCUAAGUCAUAAUAUGUGAAUCAGCAAAAUAUUAUUGGUUGAAAAUAAUGGUCAUACAACAUUAUCAACUCAUGGUAAGUAGAUUAUAAGUGACUGAAUUGUAGAUUAUACUAUUAAUUUAUUAGUUUAUCUAUGCUUUUUUUAUCCAAGGUUUUAUAAUACUGUUUUUAUCUAAACCUCAAAAGUUUGAAUUACUAUUAAUAUUUUCUAGUACUUUUUCUUUCAAGCUAUCAAUUUGAUAAUCUCAUUAUUUGAUAUUUAAAUUUUUUAGAACAACAAAAAUGCAAGCUUUAUCUUACAUGCCUUAUAUUUAAAUCUAAAGGUAGGUAGGUACUUAUAUUUUAUUUGUCAAUUAAAAUAAUAUGUUUUGUAAUAGUUAUUUAAAAUGAGUUAUUAUAAGACAUAGAUUUGUUAAAAAAUAAAUUAUUUGGUUAUUUAUUUAUUUAUUUCUACAAAAGUAUAAAUUAUUUAUUUGUAUAUUCAUGUACGUGUAUUAAUCAUUUAAUAAUUUUGUUUUUAUUUUAUUAUAAAUUGGCAUGUUUAAUGUUUAAAGUUGUUAAAAUAUUUCAAACGAUGUCGGGUAGCAAUUUAUUUUGAUAAUAAUAUUGUAUUUAAUUAAUCAAAUUGUUUAAAUUACUGCAUUUUCUACAUAAAACACAAUUCGAAUUUAAUGAAUGUUCUAUCCCAUGACAAAACAGAUUGUUUUGUCGUGUUGUUUCCAUAUAAUAAACCUCCUAGAUUCUAUAAGUUACGAUUUAAAUGGCUUAGAAAUACAUUUUGUAAUAUAUUUCAUGUAGGUACCUAAUUAAAAAUAAUUGACCAGAUAACAAUAUAAAUAAUUACGUACGAUUAAAAGUGAGUCGAGUCAUAACGUUAGGGGAUCUGAUGCAAUGUUGCACUUAGGUAAUAGUGAGGCCGUAUAUCGAAACCCUAGUUGACCGAAUUCGUGAAUCCCCGUCCGUACAACUGUAUGGACACCGUCGAAAGGACUCACCUCGAGGUUUAUUUUCUGAACGAAGGCGACGUCCAGCAGGUCUUUGGAAGUCAUGACGUUUCAACACACGGUUCGUACGACAAUUUUAGUGCACCGGAUAAUUGCUCUUCAACGACGGAUUCGAUCACUUUAAACUAUAGGUAACACAAGUAGUCGACGACAACAGUACGAGAACGAGAGAAGUGUUUGGGUUGACUGGCGCGCAUUAAUUUUCAAAGAACGUGAUACAUGUGACUUCUAGCUGAUAAGUAAAAAAAUGAUAGUGUCCGAGUGUCGAUUGCGGCAGCUGUAGACCUCCGGACGUCGUCGUGUCGUCUCGUCGAAGAGCGGGGAACGCACACGCAGUCAACUGUUAUUACCUAAUUAUUAAUAUUAAAAAAACGUACGUGUAUUAUUUGCUCUUAUUUAUUAUUAUUAUACAAAUAUACACGUAACCGAUUGGGUAGUAAUUAUCACCGUCCGACCCCCGAUGUUUUUUUCGUGGAGCUUAGCGGUAAUGAACGGAGGUGAGGGCCCAAAAAUGUGUACACCCGUAGGGGAACCAAAAUAUUACGCGUGUACGUCGUCGUCGCGGUGUGUGCGGAACAGUUCCGUUCUCUCUUCUGCGGCCACGAUAUCUGCUCGUCUGAUUAAACCGCUUACCCGCUACCCAGUACUUGGUAAUGUGUGGUGGUGCAUGUUGUUGUUUACGUUUACCCACUGUGCCGCCACCACUGCUAGUAUAUUGUUGUCCCCGGUGUAAUUGUACCUCGCCGCUUUUUCGACGCAUGCUUUUAUAAUAUUCUGUAUUGAAGUUUCUUUUUUUUUUUUUAUUAUUAUUAUAUCCGAAUGUUGUGGAACAGUAAACGAUUUUUAUAAUAUUUCCUUUUAACGCGGUUUUAUUCGUUCGGAAUAUUAUAUUUUGAUUUCUCCGACGUACGAGACCGCGAUUUCCCCGCGAACGUUUUUUUUUUUUUUUUUCUGCGUGUGUGUCUGUGUGUGCUCCCGCCGCCACAUGUUAAAGUAGGCGCGAAAGUGUGUGUGAUUCGUUGGACAAAAAAAAAUUCGGUAUCGAUUACCACACGACUAUUAACUUAUUUACAAUCGUUUUGCGCAGAAGCCAUACGCGAAUUGUUCCAUUUACCUGCGGUGUUUCUGUGCAUUUUGUAGGUGUUAAAUUUGCUGCGUCAAAAAUGGUGCGACAAAACUGCGGACUUUUGGUGGUCUGCGGGCCAUCGGGAGUAGGAAAAUCCACGCUGCUCCGUAAACUGUUCGACGAGUAUCCGGAUAAAUUUGGGUUCUCGGUCUCGCAUACCACCCGGUCUCCCCGAAUUCACGAGGUGGAUGGUCAACAUUACCACUUCACUACUAAAGAACAGAUGCAAGCGGCCAUUGACCGCGGAGAAUUCCUAGAACAUGCUGUGUUUUCCAACAAUAUGUACGGCACCAGGUAUAGUAGUUUUGUUUCACCUUCGUCCCUCAAGUGCUCUCAAUGUAUUUUGCAUACCUAAUAUUACCAAUUACUAUUCUGUAAAUAUAGCUUGAAUGCUGUGCAAACUGUUCAGAAGUUGGGCAAGAUUUGUGUACUAGACAUUGACAUGCAAGGCGUAAUUCAAAUCAAAAAGGUGCCCAACUUGAAACCGGUAGGAGUCUUUAUUAAACCUCCAAGUAUUGGUGAAUUAGAAGUACGGUUGCGUAGACGAGCUUCAGAAUCCGAAGCCAGUCUUCGCGCUAGAUUAAAUGCUGCUCAGCAGGAAAUCAACUACGG